UUUCCCGUUGUUGUAGAGAACGCAGCAAGAAUGAAUAAAGAUUUUCAAGAUAGGCUUUUUAAUGGAUUUGGUAAUGGACAAAGUAGUGGUGGUGGGGGUAGUGGAAUAAAUGGAGGAGGAAUUAAAAGUUCUUCAAAAUUGACAACAAAUAUUGGAAGUGAAUAUGGAAAAGAAUUUGGUGGAGAAGGAGGAGGGGGGAGUGAUGGUGGUGGAAUUAUUGAAGGAAAUUCAUUAAAUGGAAGAAAUAUAAAUACAGAAUUGCCCUAUUCUCCUUCACAUUUUACAUUAAUUCCAGAUUUAUUUCCAACAACAAACAAUAGAAUAGCUAAAUUAUUACCUGGCUACAAUAACAAUAAUAUUAAUUCUUUGUAUAAAGGAAAUUUAGAAGAAACAAAUAAUAAUUUUAAUAAAAAUAAUAUUAGAGGAAAUAGAAUUUCAACAGGAAAGAAAUUUAUUGGUGUUGGAUCAAUUGAAGAAAUUCCUUUAUCUCCUCCUCCUUCAUUGAAUAUUAAAAAUAAUUUAAAAGAAAAUAUUUUAUUGCCAGGUGAAAGUAAUGGACAGGAAGAAGAAAUUGAAACAACAACAAAAAUUAAAAUAAUUAAAAAAGAAAAAAUUGAAACAAAUUUUAAUAUUGAUGAAGAAAAUAAAGAAAAAUUAAAAAAAGAAAAGGAAGAGAUUGAAAAAUUGUUAUUAGAACCGUUGAUUCCAUCAAAUCCAUCCAGUCAAAAUUUAAAUAUGACAAUAAUUGAAAAUUCUGAUUUAUCUGAAAUGGUUCCAGAACUUGGAAAAUUGCUUGGACAUUUAAAAAUGGGAAAUUUAACAAAAUUAGAAUUUGAAGAAUUGGAAAAACAAUUGAAAAAAGAAGAAAAUAAUAAUGAAGGAAAAGAAAAUACAUCUCCUCUUCCUUCUUCUCAUUCCCCUCAUCAAAAUGAAAAAGAAAUUGGGGAUGAUAUAAUAAAUAACAGAAAAGGUAAAAUUAAAUAUUUAGAUAAUCUAUCUAAUGACUAG